AUGCACGAAAGCAUGCAUUUGGCAGAUACAUAUUUGACUCUUCUUCUCAGCGUUGCAAGACACCAAGAACUCGUGAAUACUUGUAAGUGUCGCGAAAAGUCAACUUCAGAGGCUGCUAACUUAGUUGGACUCUCUCUCCCUAAAACCUACAGGGUUGAAAAAAUAUUGCAAUGCGCUUUUUCUGUCUUGCUGGCUCGUCAUAAGCGUCAACACGAUUCCACUGUUAGCAGCAAGACAGUGGGCAUGUCUGUCUUAGCAGAGGGUAAUAAACUCACUGAUCCAGAUAAUGUCAAGUUUAUCGAAAGCUUUUUUACAAUAGACGCGUUUAAAACCUGA